AUGCUGGACUGCACAUUUAUGCUGACUCGAAUUCUGUUUGUCUGCUGUUUUUUGAUGGUACAUUGCUCACAACCCAACUGUACAUCUGUGACUGAUUUUGAUGAUUGCCCUGGAAAUAUAACAGAUUUCUGUCCAAGGAAUAUUGUUUGUGCGUGCAAAGAUGGAGAGCCUUUCUGCAAGUGUCCAAAUUUCAGAGGCCAGUGGGGAAAUUACUGGUACAUGGGGGCCAAUUGUCACCAACUCUGGAAUACUCUGGACCUGAUUUUAGUAGCAACAUUGCCUGGAAUAGGACUGGCCUUAAUUGUUGGUGUAGCAAUUCAGAUUACCUACUACUGUAAAGAGAGGUCAAAGAAGAGUGGAGAUCAUCCCAGAGAAGAGAGGAGUUUGUCAGGACUUCAACCUCACUAUAAUUCUGCAUAUGGUUUUGAUGCUGAUAGGAGUCUUCCCGAACCUAAUCGAGGCCAGAAUCCCAGGAGCUCAGCCCAUCAGGGAGCCUUUUCUGGAAGUACAUUCUCUCCAUUCCCACCGUUAUCUAGAGUAAAUUCCAAUUUUGCUGUUCCUGCGCCCAGGGAAGGUGCUAUUUACAACUAUCCAUCUAAUAACUGGGAUCGCUUUCCAGGACCAACUAAACCUGAAAUAAAUUAUGGAAACAAGUAUUCAUCGAACACUCACAUGAAACCAUUUUAUGAAUUUCCCACAUCAGGCGUUCCAAGAGCAGUUUACCUUCCAAAAUAGAGGCACUACAUGGAUACUCAACUUCUGAUGAAUCAAAA